AGCCUAGGAUGUCUCUGAGCGCAGAGCUACCUGGGUAAGGCCCAAAAUGGCUUUGUCCAUGUAGUACCCGUGUGAGGCCCUCGCGGGCGGUUCUUGUCAUCUCCUUGACGGUCACGUCUGGUCAGCACUCUGAGCGAGGGUGGUGUGCUAUUGUAGGGGAGAGACGAGAACAAUGGCAGGGAGCCUCGCUGUGGGUGCAGGAAGGCGCCUGUGGAGCUGGGUGCCCCUGGCCUGCAGAAGCUUCUCUCUGGGUGUUCCUGGAAUGUAUUUUGUAAGGGUCACGGUCCCGCCCCGCAAAGUGGUUGAUCGUUGGAACGAGAAAAGGGCGAUGUUCGGGGUGUAUGAUAACAUCGGGAUCCUGGGAAAUUUUGAAAUGCACCCCAAAGAACUAAUUAGGGGGCCCAGGUGGCUUCGAGGCUGGAAGGGGAAUGAAUUGCAGCGUUGUAUCCGAAAGAAGAGAAUGGUCGGAAAUCGGAUGUUCUUUGAUGACCUGCACAACCUUAACAAACGCAUCAGCUAUCUCUACAAACACUUCAACCGACGUGGAAAGUUCCGAUAGAGGAGAAAGCUGGGGACCGUGGAAGAGGCAUAUCUAUUAGAGAAGGGAAACAGCACUUUUCAUGGUGUGGAAGGGGAUUUGUGUGCUCUCCAUAAUAAAAUGGGGCUUCUUUAAAAUCCAUCAUCCACACACUUUAUUUUUCUCUAGAUGCUACUUUUACUCAUUUGUGUAGACUUAUCCCUAAGUCUUAUAGUCUUAGAUUUGGACUUUAUCACUUGCCCUUUGCAGUCUAGCCAUACCUAUGGCCUUUAAAAAAUAAAAAUUAUUGUUGGCACUUUUUGA